AUGGAAACAGCGGUAAAAACGUUUAUUAGAUCUAUUCAAGCCUAUUGUAAACCUCUAUCAUCGCCUGAAUACAAAGAUCUCGAACGGAAUUUGAAAAGAGCAGCAGAGAAGUUUGAUAAAAAAGAAGAAUUGUCGAAAUCUGAAAUAAUCAAUGCAUUAACAUCUUACGAGGAUUACCUAAAGAAGAAUUUCAAAGAUAAAGGAUUUCAGAGCGCCACGGCAACUGUUCCUUACAAAACAUCUCGUAAAAAGAUCAUAGAAGCAUCAUCGCCUAGCCCAGAAAAUGCCACGAAAGAAAGAAAGGGGAGUAGUAGCAGCAAACGUAGCAACUCUGAACAAGGAACAAAUAAAGAACAAAGAGAAUCUUCGGCAGCAAAAAGAAAUGGAACCAACAGGGUAACUAGGGGAGAUCAGAAAGAUAGAAAAACUACCCCAACACCAUUAACUGAAGAGAAAAGGAAGGCGGUGCUUCACAAAGUAAAUCAUAAAGACGGCAAAGCUACACCACCACCGAAAGCGUCUGCAAAGAAAGAUGCCCCAAAAGUUGAAGAUAAAAAUCCAUCGAGGGAUUCUACCUCAUUAGAAUCCAACGACUGGAAAGCGAAAUUUGAAGAGAAGGACAAAGAGUUGAAUUGCCUUAAUGAGCAGGUGAAGUUACUGGCACAAGAAAUGGAAUUAGAAGGAGAAACAGCGGGAAAGAUACUCACAGAUGCAGCGAGGGAGUUAAAAAGUAUUAAGGAGCAGAAAAACAAAGAACAAACGGAAAGUCUUAAGGAAUUAGAGUCUAACCUUGAACGUGUCAAGAAAGCUGUCUUUGAGGUUCCGAAAGUGAAAGAAAAAGAUCAUGACUUGGAAAAAACAAUCACAAGAAUUCAAGAUCUACAUAAGUAAAGAGCUUAUUUUUAACUCUAC